AUGUUACUGGUGUCUCCGGUGAUUCGGUGUCUUCGUCUAAGUCGUAUUAUUCAUCGUACACUCUUGGGAAGUGUUUCUUCGCAAGGAAGAUUAUCGUUAACUUAUACCUGUAGGGUUUGUGGUACUCGACAGGGUCCAAAAUUUCUUUCCGAGAAGGCAUACAAAGAAGGUGUUGUUAUUGUAACUUGCGACAGUUGCAAAAAUUAUCAUUUAAUUGCUGAUAAUUUGGGUUGGUUCCCGCAAUCCAAAGGUUCAAGAAAUAUUGAAGAGAUUCUCAAAGAGAAAGGUGAAGAAGUGAAAAAAGGCAUCGAUCUUGUCGAUAUAGCCAAAUGA